UGAGUGUAAUACCUUGCUCUUUCUCUCUGGGGAUUGUAGCUAGGCUAGCUAGCAAGCGGAUAGUGUCAAUUUAUUUAAUUGAACAAAGUGGACGGAUAAAUAGCUACAUUCGAAUAUUUGGACCUUCAUAAAAUGGAGGCCCCUUCAGACAGCGGUUCCCACGUCCAUAUUGGUUCGGUCGUCCAGGUAUGUUUCCCUAGUGUCCGGACAGCAGUUUUGGACAGUCUGAACCAGCAGCGACUAGAAGGGAGGCUAUGUGACCUGUCUAUCCAAGUACAGCGGCAGGUGUUCAGGGCCCACCGGUGCGUGCUUGCUGCCUCUUCGCCCUACUUUCACGACCAGGUGCUCCUCAAGAACGUGACGACCGUGUCGCUGCCCUCCGUCAUGGACCCGGUGGCGUUCGAGAGCGUCCUGAGCUCAGCUUACACGGGCCAGCUCAGCAUCCUGCGCGACGACAUCGUCAACUACGUGACAGUGGCCAGCUUCCUGCAGAUGUGGCACAUUGUGGACAAGUGCACGGAGAUCCUGAAGAGGACGCGAGCCUCCGCGGAGCCUGGCCAGGGAGACUCCGCCCCCGGCCAGGGAGACUCCGCCCCCGGCGCCUCGUACCCCGCUGCUUCCUCCAGGCAGCAGUCUCCCAGCAGCACGGACUGCCUGUACGUGGAGAGGGAGGGGAGCAGGAAGGACAGGCGCACGGACACCCUGCCCCCCUUAGCUACUUGGAGGAGGCCCCAGCAGUUCCCCAGGUGCGGUCGUCCCAGACCGUCCGCUCAUCCCGCUGACUCCCAGCUCGUGGGGCCGGGAGGGGAGAGCGACUACUCCAGCUGUGACGAGGUGUGGAUGACCAGCAGCAAGGCCUUCAGUCACGACGGGAGAGGAGGGAGGCAGGACUACGGCCACCCCUCCACCAGGCCCCAGGGGGAGCUGCCAGGGGAGGGACUCAGGCUGAGAGUCAGACCCCGACAGAGAGACCCUCCCCCCGGCUCAGACAGGCUGAACGGCAGGGAGCGAGGGAGGGGGGAGGACGGAGGCGGUUUUGAAGGCGAGUCCCAGGAGAAGAAGAGGAAUGAAAGGUGGAUCGAAGCGGAUGAAGGAAUCGGAGAAGUUGAGGCGGAGAAAAGCGUGUUGUCACACCGGACAGGACACUCUGGUGACUUCGGCAUGACGGUACCCCAAGGUGGUGGAGGACAGGCGGAGGCUAAAGUGAAUCCAGACGUGUUGCUGAAGAAGGAGGAGCGUGAGCAGCAUCGUGGAGGGGCAGCCCCCGCGGGGCCCCUGGGCCCUCUCUCCCCCAGCUCCACACCCUCACAUCGGGUACCGUGGCAGGCCGGCUCCUGGUCCCAGCAAGGAGCCAAGCCACAGGACAGGCCGGAGGUGGAUGAAGACGAGGAGGAAGAGGAAGAGGAGGUUGACUUUGGACGGUUUGCUGACGGUGCGUUUGGCGGAGACACCUAUGAUGAGAUAGAAGAUGGUACGGGCCAGGUUUCCCAGAGGCCUCUGCUGCCUGCCUCUCCUGACGACAGCGAGUUUAACCUGGGAGGGCCGGAGAUGGACUGGCCCUCCUCAAACAUGGGUCAGCCUGGUGCCUCCAACCCCACCUCCAACCACCACCUCUCCUCAUCCUCUGCCAUGUUCCCUCCCUCUCUGUCUCCCCCAACCCCCCACGCCGGCACCCCUUACCGUGGCAAAGUGCAUUUCUGCCACUGCGGGAAAGCGUACACCCUGAAGAGCAUGCGGGAUCGCCACGUCAAGAUGCAGCACCUAAACCUGCGGCCGUUCGGCUGCCUGGUCUGUGCCAAGACCUUCAAGAUGAAGCACCACCUGACCAAGCACCUGAAGACCCACGGAGGCCUCCGCCCCUACGAGUGCCGGCUGUGCGGGAAGAAGGUGAUCUGGAGGGACAGCUUCCUGCGGCACCAGGCGCGCUGUGAGAGGCUCACAGCCAGCUACAGCGACAUCACUUCCGCUUGUAAUAACACCGGCCCCUCCGCUGAGAUGGACUACGGCUUUGAGGAAGGGCAGGGCUUUCUCACGGAGGGGGGGCAGGUGAAGGUGGAGGAGACUGACUUCCAGGGGGAGGUGGAGGCCGGGGUGAGUGGGUUGCUGGGUGGAGAAGUUGCAGGCGUGGACGCCCUGGACCAGGACUCUGGUGAAUGAGAGCAUGUUUAACAGGUCAGUGGAUUAACUGAUGGAGAUGGACUGACCCACUUGAGAUGGACUGACCCACUUGAGAUGGACUGACCCACUUGAGAUGGACUGACCCACUUGAGAUGGACUGACCCACUUGAUCUCAACAUCCACUCCACAAAGGAGGGUCAAUCUGGUUGAAUUUUAAGGAUUUAGGGAUGCAGGAAUUACCAUUCAUGCAUAAUGAACAUUUAAAAUCAAUAAACCCAUUUUUUAUGGAACUUUGAAUGUCCUUUAACCAAGAUAAAGGACCUACAAUUCAUUUUAAUUGGAUCAUAUAUUUUUGUUGCCUUAUAUUUCUACACAAAUGAUGUUCCAGAUCAAAUUGAAAUUAUGGAUUUGAGAGAGUAUAUACAUUUCUGUGAGUCCAGAAGGAACAAUCCUGUUUUGAUUUAGAACUGGAAUCUUGUAUUUUGAUGUUGUGAAGUUACUGGAAACCCAGAUGAGAAGAGAAGUCUGUAAAUGUAUUUAAAUCACCAAAAAGAGAGUUGGACAUUAUAAAUUUGUCUAUUUAUUUUCCUGAUUAACUGCUCUAGACUAAAACAUUAGCUCUCUAGGGAUAAAAUAAUGAAUUUAUAGAUGUUGUAGGUGCAACAAGAGCUCACAAAUGUCCAUUAUUAGUGGGCCAGUGAAAAUGAUUUGAGAUCAUAAGCAGAGUGGUCUGAUAUUUCAUUGGGGCUGGCUAGACAAUCUGAAGUUGGUUUCUCUUUUGAGGUAGAACCCUUUUGGGGGGGAAAGUCUUAGUUCUGCUUGUUGUUUUACAAGGGAAGCUUGUACAGAAAUGUCAUAGACGAAAUCUAAUCUGAACUGACCAGUGUGACAACAUGCCCUGGUUUACUCUACCAUGUACCCAACACUUUAGUGGUCAAAGUUACAUUUUUUCUUUAUUUCUGAGAAAACAUGGGCAAUUGACAUAUCUUUAUUUCCAGUUAGGAUGAAGAGUACAAAAUGUGGCUACACAGUUUACACAAACACAGCAGUCUACACGGUUCUUUCAUGUUUCUUUUCGUAAACAUUUAGCACCAGGUGUACACUACGGUCAGCACCCUCAGAUGAAUGUUGUUUUUUUGUGUGUUUCUUUUUUUAAUGUCGUUUUUAUUAACAGUUUCAUUAGACACACUCUACCUGCGAGAGGUAGUAUCAUUAAUGAGGCACACGAUCGAAUGGAAACUUCUCAGAAUUACACCGAACACUUUCAAUAUUAAAUUCCUUACACAUGACUUUGACCCCUCAACCACAUCGUCUUACCAGCUUCAUCAUUCUAUUCAUUAAGCCUCUCAACCAUAUCAAUCUCUAAAAGUAAUUAAAAAAACACGAGAAGAUAAGAGUUAGCAAAGCUACUUCAGUAUUCAUGACCUUUUUAUCAGUAGGCGCUGGAAUGCUGUUUGUUCUAAGAAUAUGAUAGGCUUGUAUGACAUAACUGUACAAUCAUGACUCAACAAAGACAAAUGGAA